ACCUAGGGCCGCCGUGAAGGAUGGCGAUCACYGUCGCAUCUUGCUGGUUUAAUUCGCUCGCCUCCACCGGCGCUUCCCGUUAUACGGUCUCCUCCCAGCGUCUAUUCUAUUCGUCGCAAAYAUCGGCUACUCGUUUAGUCAUUCCCAGAGCUAUUAGCCAGAGUCAAAAUCCGAAGAAGAGAACUCCCAAGGAAAAUACUCAUAAAUCAUCAUCUGAGAAAGAAGCUAAUUCCCAAAAGUUUUCAAGAAGAUCAAGAGAUGAAAGACAGUAUUCAAAUGCUGAUGACCACAGUGGUAUAAAUAAUGCAGAACAACCUCAAUCAACAGCCUCAAAGUCGUUUGGUAUGCAGAGAAAAAGCGCCAAAGGUUUUAUGGGUAACUUGAAGGAUCAACAGGUUGAGACCGCUAAGCUUCAAGAUGCCUCCUUUCUUAAUGCUGUUGUUAAGGUUUAUUGUACUCAUACAGCACCUGAUUAUUCCCUCCCUUGGCAAAAGCAAAGGCAGUAUACAAGUACAGGAAGUGCUUUCAUGAUUGGUGAUGGAAAGCUUUUGACAAAUGCUCAUUGUGUUGAACACAACACRCAAUAUCGUUGUAUAUAUUGGUUGCAGGUCAAAGUCAAGAGAAGGGGGGAUGAUACCAAGUAUGUGGCUAAGGUUUUAGCUAAAGGUAUGGAAUGUGACAUAGCUUUGCUUUCAGUGGAAAAUGAGAAAUUUUGGAAAGGAGCUGAGCCACUUCAGUUUGGUCAUUUGCCUCGUCUUCAGGACUCGGUUACUGUUGUAGGGUAUCCACUUGGAGGAGACACCAUUUCAGUGACCAAGGGGGUUGUAUCUCGAAUAGAGGUUACAUCCUAUGCUCAUGGAUCAGCUGAACUGUUGGGMAUUCAAAUUGAUGCAGCAAUUAACCCUGGUAAUAGUGGUGGUCCUGCUUUCAAUGAUCAGGGAGAAUGCAUCGGUGUAGCAUUUCAGGUGUAUAGAUCUGAUGACGUUGAGAACAUUGGGUAUGUAAUUCCAACAACAGUCGUGUCUCAUUUUCUGGAUGACUAUGAGAGAAAUGGGAAGUACACCGGUUUCCCUUCCCUUGGAAUUUUAUUGCAAAAGUUAGAGAAUCCAGCUUUACGUGCCUGCUUGAAAGUGCCGUCUAACGAGGGUGUACUUGUCCGCCGUGUUGAACCCACUUCCGGUGCCAGUAAUGUCUUGAAGGAGGGAGAUGUAGUUGUAAGCUUUGAUGGUGUAGAUGUUGGAUCAGAAGGGACCGUUCCAUUCCGAUCAACCGAGCGCAUUGCAUUCCGCUACCUCAUUAGUCAAAAGCUUGAACCCUUGACCUCCAAGGAGACUGGAAUCUAUUSAUUCACGGGUGAUAUAGCAGAGCUUGGUAUCAUCAGAGCCGGGACUUUCAUGAAAGUUCAAACGGCUAUGAAUCCACGAAUUCAUUUGGUACCGUAUCAUAUUGAAGGGGGUCAGCCGUCAUACCUAAUAGUAGCUGGUUUAGUUUUUACUCCUCUGUCUGAGCCACUGAUAGACGAGGAACGUGAAGAUAGCAUAGGGUUAAAACUAUUGACUAAGGCACGAUACUCCAUGGCAAGAUUCAAAGGAGAACAGAUCGUGGUCUUAUCACAGGUAUUAGCAAAUGAAGUUAACAUUGGGUACGAGGAUAUGAGCAACGAGCAGGUUCUGAAGUUCAACGGAACUCGAAUAAAGAACAUUCAUCAUCUCGCUCAUCUUGUCGAUUCAUGCAAAGAAAAGUACUUGGUUUUUGAAUUCGAAGACAAUUACCUGGCRGUUUUAGAGCGAGAGGCUUCUUCGGCUGCCUCAUCUUGCAUUCUUAAAGAUUACGGCAUACCAUCCGAGCGAUCUUCUGAUCUUCUCGAGCCAUAYGUGGACCCUGUUGGAGAAAACCAAGUAAUCGAACACCACGAUCUUGGUGACAGUCCAAUCACAAAUUCAGAUUUCGGUUUCGAUGGUCUUCAAUGGGCUUAGUUUCUGUUCGUAAUCCAAACCCAAAUCUUGAUCUCCACAUGUCAUMUGCAGCCAAAUUUUUUUAGGCUCGAGUGUGGCUGCACGCCAUUGAUUGUCGAUUCACACUGAGGCCACAUUAUUUCUGCUGAUAUUUGAKAAUUUUUUAAGCGUGGAGAUGCGGAAAAAAGUUGCAGCUCUGCGGAUCGAAGGAAGUUGCAGCGGCGGGCUGAAACCGGUAAGCAAGCAUUGUUGUAUUUGUAUGCUGAGUUAUUUGUUGAUCUUUCAUUGUUUUUGUUUCAUAAAUUUAUAGGAAAACACACACAAAAUUUAGUAAGUUAAUGARCUUGUAAUCUCACAUGGGUUUAUUGAUGGAAAACUGCAAUUUCCAGUUGAGAAUCGAUAUAAUCAUUCUC